AUGGAAUUUGAAAUGAAGGAUCUUAGUCCAGCUAGAAGUAUUUUGGGAAUUGAAGUCACAAGAGAAAGAUCUCAAUGUAUUCUCACUUUAUCUAAGCAAGCUUAUAUAAACAAGAUUGUUAAAAAGUUCAAUCUUGAAGAGGCCAAAGUAGUUUUGACACCAAUUGGAGCUAACUUCAAACUACCUUUGUUAAGUAAAAAUGAAGAUGAAAAUAAAUUGAAAACCAUUAUUUAUUUAAAAGUAGUAAGAAGUGUGAUGUAUGCUAUGGUCAACACUAGGCCCGACAUAGCAUAUACAAUUGCGUUAGUAAGCAGAUUUAUGAGUAAUACCAGCAGAGAUCAUUGGAAUGCAACUAAAUGGCUGAUCAAAUGUCUCAAAGGAGCAGCAAAAUUGAAUCUGAAAUAUUCAAAUCAAAGUUUAGGCAGUUUUAUAAAGGGAUUUUUUGAUUCAAAUUAUGCAGCAAACUUAGAUAAAAGAAGGUCAAUAUCUGGUUAUGUAUCCACAAUUGAAGAUAACACUAUAAGUUGGAAAUCAACUCCGCAACAAGUUGUGGCUUUAUCAACUACAGAGGUUGAAUACAUGGUCAUUACAGAAGUUGUCAAACAAGAUGGAGAUGUCGAGAUAAAGAAGAUUUCAUUUGAAGAUAAUCCUGCUGACAUGCUUACUGAAGUUGUUCUUGUUGGGAAGUUCAAAGACAUUCUGAACUUGCUCAACAUGGCUCAUGAAUAG